AUGGUCUUUAGCUCCCCUGAGCCCGUUAAGCUGUUAUACUGGUGUGGUUACAGGGUCAGACUUGUCACAUCUGACCUCUUUCCCCGUAGAUGCGAUGCUGACCUUGAUGAAGAGAAGACAUUGGACAUGGUAGAGUUUAUGAUGAGCGAUAGGCGGGCCCCCCCAAUUAUGCAGGAGUAUCAUAAGAGGGAAUAUUUGUUGGGAAUUGAUAUCGACCUUUUCCAUGUGGCGACCACCCCUCGGGGGUUCAAGCUGCGAGCUCUCAAAAAGCUCAGACUUUCUCAACUCAUUCGCCCCUCCUCAUCAUCGGCUGCGGCCAUCUCUGAGCUCCCGGAUAUAUUUUUGGACAUAUGGCAUAUCCAACCUACCCACUGUGAUGGGAACAUAGAUCUCGAAACUCCGGCGACUGGAGCUGCGUACCAGCUGCUUGGAACGCAGUGUACUGACCAAUCCCAAGAGUUGUCCUGA